GAGGUGGAGUCCGGGUGGUGGCAGCGGCAGUGGCGGUUGCCAGGAUCCCGCGUUGCCGCCUGAGACCCGUAAUAUGGCCGGGAGGAGAAGGAGAAGGAGGCGGCGGACCGGGCUGCGCUCUGUCAGUACAAAUUGAGCUGUUUGCUUCCUGACAAGGCCCGUGGCAAGGGGAAAAAAGCCUGACCGGGCCGUGGGAGAUCAGUACUUUUAUCAAGAGCCUACUGUGUGCUGACGCUGUUCUGUGUAAUGGGGAUUCAGUGGUGAGCAAGACUGGAAAGGUACCUGUGCUUAUGGAGCUUACGUUUUGGUGGAGGAAGACAGACAAAACCCAAGGAAAUAAACAAGAUAAUUUCAGAUAGUGUGUAAUUGUGGGAAGAUGGAGGAGUAUGAGAAAUUCUGUGAGAAUAGUCUUGCCAGAAUCCAAGAGGCAUCACUAUCCACAGAGAGCUUUCUACCUGUCCAGCCUGAAAACAUCUCACUUAUUCGCUUCCAUGGAGUGGCUGUGCUUUCUCCACUGCUUAACGUUGAGAAAAGAAAGGAAAUGCAACAAGAAAAGCAGAAAGCACUUGAUGUAGAAACGAGAAAGCAUGUUUAUAGGAAGAAAGCUCUGUUGACUCGGGUCCAGGAGAUUCUUGAAAAUGUUCAGGUUAGAAAAGCACCUAAGGCCAGUGAUUUUGAUCCAUGGGAGACUGAAACAGUUUACUCUGAAUCAGAAGUCAGAAACUUGAAUGUCCCUGCUACAUUUCCAAAUAUCUUGCCAAGCCCUGCUGGACACUCUACUUUAGGAAAAUUUGAAAAGAUAACUGGAAUUUUGCCAUUGAAUAAUGAAGACCAAUUUAAAUCUAAUGGGAUAGAUUUAGCUAGGGACUCAGAACUUAAUUCUCUGAAGCACUGUGAUAGUUCAGAUAUUAUUACCCCUGUGGAAAAUGAAGCUUCUGCAAAGAUCCCCUCAGCAACCCCUCAGGAGACUCUUAUGUCUGAUGGUCUCGUCCCAACUAAUGAAGAACAGGACCCCUCACUUUUGGAAGAAGUUACUCCGGAUCCCUACAUAAUGAGUCUUCAGAACCUGAUGAAAAAGUCAAAGGAAUAUAUAGAAAGAGAACAAUCUAGACGUAGUCUUAGAAGUAGUGCAAAGAGGAGUGUUCAUGAGAGUCAUUCAGAUAAAGAAAACGAGGCUGUUAAAGUGACUGAUUAUGGGAAGGAGAAGGUGCAGUUGACUGGCAGACACUGUGCUUCAGUGAUUCCUGACAAGCCGAGCCUUAAUAAAUCAAAUGUUCUUCUCCAAGGUGCUUCCACUCAAGCAAGCAGCCUGAAUACAUCUGUUUUAGGUAGCUUUUCUAAAGUGGACAUACCUGUACGAACUGGCCAUCGCACUGUUUUAGACCCUGAUUCUGAUUUUAAAGUCAUUCCCACUUUUGUUCCCGAAAACAACGUUAUCAAAAGUCUUACUGGUUCAUAUGCCAAAUUACCUAGUCCAGAGCCAAGCCUGAGUCCUAAAAUGCAUCGAAGGCAUUCUAGGCCAUCAUCAGCAUGUCAUAUACUUAUAAAUAACCCAAUAAAUGCCUGUGAGUUAAGUCCCAAAGGAAAAGAACAGGCGGUAGGCUUAGUUGUUCAAGAUACUGAUGAAAAAACAAAUAUACCGGAAACUGUGCCAAAGUUACCAGUUGAUUUAGCAGGAGUUUGUCCAAGCAAGGUUUAUGUCACCAAAAAUGCAUCUGAAGCCAUGCAGGAGGUGGUUUUGGGUAAAUCAAAUCAGGUAUGCCAGUCUUCAGGAAAUCAGUUAGAAAACAAGGUCAUUCAUGGACUUGCUCUCGUGGAAGGUCAGUUAACGUCUGAUGGGAGAGAACCACCCAAAAUGGACAGCAUGUGUACUGCAGUGCCGCAAUUGCAUGAGCCGUAUGCCACCAGUCAGUGUAUAGUGAGUCCAAACUUUGGAGCCGUGAGCGCACUCAAGUCAGCCAGCGUGUUAGAGAAAAAUGCCUGCAAUGUACAAAUGGAACUGAAUAAGUCUUACGAUGUAAAAAACCCAUCUCCUUUACUGAUGCAAAACCAGAAUACCGGACAGCAGAUGGACACCCCUACAGUGUCCUGUGGAAAUGAACCGUUUUUGGAUAACAGUUUUGAGAGAGUUAAACGGAGACUUGAUUUAGAUGUUGAUAGUUUGCAAAAGGAAAACUGCCCUUAUGUCUUAGCAACUGGAAUAGCUGAACAGGAAAGGCAGCAUUUGCCAGAAAAAAGAUACCCCAAGGGACCCGUCCACAUCAACAAGAAUAAAAUGUUAGAAAGUAGUUCCAAAGAAGGUGAGGAGAUAUUAAAAAGCAAGAUGUUAGCUUUUGAAGAAAUGCGGAAGAGGCUAGAAGAACAGCACGCCCAGCAGUUAUCACUACUCAUAGCUGAGCAGGAAUGGGAACAGGAAAGACUGCAGAAGGAAAUAGAAGAACAGGAGAAAAUGUUAAAAGAGAAGAAGGUGAAUGCAGCUGAAGCAUCUGAGUUGAGCAUUAAUAAUGCAGUGGACUUAGAGUGGAGAAAAAUAAGUGAGUCUGGAUUGCUGGAAACAAUGCUGUCUCAGGUGGACUUGCUCCAUCCUUCAAACUCAAAUACUUCUGGUUUCACAAAUUCUGUCCUGCAGCAUAGCUUUGCUUCUGCAAGCGAAGCACCCUUCUACCUCUGGGGAUCGUCAACUAGUGGCUUGACCAAACUUUCAGUUCCAAGGCCUUUUGGAAGGGCCAAACCUAAAUGGUCUCAGGUUUUCAGUCCGGAAGUACAAACAAAAUUUAACAAGAUAACUGCAGUGGCAAAAGGAUUUCUUACUCGUAGGCUUAUGCAGACAGAUAAGCUGAAACAACUUCGCCAAACUGUAAAAGACACAAUGGAAUUCAUAAGGAGUUUUCAGUCAGAAGCGCCAUUGAAGAGAGGAGUUGUUUCAGCGCAAGAUGCUUCUCUUCAGGAAAGAGUGUUAGCUCAGUUGCGAGCUGCCCUGUAUGGUAUUCAUGACAUAUUCUUUGUAAUGGAUGCAGCUGAAAGAAUGUCUAUUCUCCAUCAUGACCGAGAAGUUCGCAAAGAGAAAAUGCUCAGGCAAAUGGACAAAAUGAAAAGUCCACGAGUGGCCCUGUCGGCGGCAACACAGAAGUCUCUCGAUAGGAAGAAGUACAUGAAAGCUGCUGAAAUGGGAAUGCCAAAUAAGAAAUUUCUGGUUAAACAAAAUCCUUCUGAAACAAGAGUCCUUCAGCCAAACCAAGGACAGAAUGCACCUGUUCACAGGCUACUUAGUAGACAAGGCUUUGGGGAAGUGUAUCACCCAGGAAUAUUUGUAUCUGCACAUAAAGUGAUGAAAAAUUUCUCCCUCUGGCCACAAGAUCACAUGUGAAUAUGCCAGGUUGGGGGGGGAGUAUAUGCAGGAAAAAUCCAAAGAAAGCGGCCAAAUGUUGCGACAAUUUAAGAAGACAACAUUCAUUAGGAUAAACAAGGGGCGGGUGGGGGGCUUCAUGCUUAACAAAAUAGUUAAGGGAAAAUACCCUGCCCAGGACUCUUUAGUUAACCCUGGACUGUUUACUCAGGCAAAGUGACAUCAAAGGGCUGAGCAAUUAUCUGCCAACUUGAUCAGUCUGGCUAAUUCCUUCCCUACACCCUCAUUAUCCUCUUAACAGUAGGUUUGGGUGAAGACACAGUAGUAUUUAGUAAUCGACCAUCUCUUUGCUUAACCUGUACAAACAUAAGUUUGUUUUCUGUACCCAGAUGUCUGCUGAGAACGUUUUUUAUAAAUUUCAAGGACAUUUGGGUUUAUUUCUAUAAAAUGUCGAAAAGGUGUGAUAAAUUACAAAUAAGUUUGGAAAUACAAAUUUCAUUCAUCUCUGCAUACUGAUUGCUAAAUUUGGUAAACAAAUUAGAUACUGUUCUGUUCGAGGGGAAAUUACUGCAGAAGAAUGUUUUUCUCUGGUUUUGUAAAAUUUAAACACUGAUUAAUCUCUCAGAAUUCAUAUUCUUGGACUUACAGGAUAACCUCAUAGGAGAAAACACUUGACUGUUGAUUGUGGUCUAUCCAGAAUUUACCACGAAAGUAGCCAAGGGCCACCAUUUUGGUCAACAGUAUACAUUCCUCUUAACCGCUAGUUGUCUGGUGCAGAAAUGUUAGAUUUAAUGUGGGUUACCCCAGUACUCUUGGAAACACUUCUCCUAAAUCAUAAAAUCUUUCUGUGGAGGGUAACAAAUUAGGGAGAUAGCACAAUCUUCUCGAAUGUAGGAGCACCUAGGAGUGAGUCAGUGCAUCCAUUUCUGUAAACUAGAGUCACACCGCAUGCGCUUCUGUUUUCUUGGUGGUCUGCGUAUUUUGUUCCUUCAUAGUUUGUUUUUUCUAGCUUGCCUGAUUUAGGAGACACUAAAGGGCUAUCCAAUAACAGAAAGUUCAGAUUUUCCAAUGGGAUAGUAAUAUUGUUGAGUUGAAAUUCUGCAUUACUUAAGAGGCACUGAUGUUUAAGGUUUUCAUCACUAAUGUAUUCACUUAAAACAUAAACCAAAACAUGUUACCAAGGGAACAUGAUUUUAUGAAACAGAACGUCACUUAAUUUAUCAUGCCAUUUCCAAAAAGGGCUUUGUGCUUCUCACAUAAAAUUGGGACUGUGUACAUUUACUCUUUCUAACUUGAAUUUUAAAUGAUAUUGGUAUUUUGAAAAUGCAGACUAUUAUAUUCUUAAUAUCCUUUUAAGAAGGUGGAGAUAAAGAUUGUUUUCUCCAAUUUUCUGUCCCAUUUAAAAUUUAGCUAUUACAUCCAGCCGUAGACAGACAAUAAUAAUCUACUCUGGGUGUAAACUUGAUUUUCUUUAUUGAGAUAUAUAUCAUUUAUCAUUUAUUGAAUGAGUGAGCCAGGAAAUCAGAAGAAGGUCAAAAAUAUCUGAGUUACCAAUUUUUUAUUUGUAGCCAAAGUAUAUCAAAAUAUCUUAGUAUGAUAAAUUGUGCAUUAUCAUUCUGAAAACUCAGGAUACAGCUUACUUAUAUUGUGGGUCUUUCCAGAAAGAAAGACAGAUGCUACAAGUUUUGUGUGCACUAAUGCAAAUUAGCUAAAACAAAUAGUAUGUUUCGGAGAAAGUUAAAAAAGUAGCUUUAGAUCAAGAUUGAGAAAUGGGAGUGUUUUUUUUUUAAAGAUAAAAGUGUGUGUUUUACACAUAUUUUAAUGUUCACAGCUUUUUCUCAUAAAAGUGCCAGACAUUGUUUUGUGCUUUUAAUGGAUUUUUUAUUUAUAUACAUUAUUUUUGUUAUUUUUACUUUGAGUGGAAUGUCCAUUAAUGUAAAUUGUAUUUAUUUUUAUACUUUAAUUUUCACUAGUUUUGCUUCUAGGCAAAAGGCAAAAUAAACUUUUCAUCUUAAAAGAAA